AUGAAUCAUCUUCAGAUUAGUGUUUUAUUGGUGGUGGCCACACUCACACCUUCUGAAGGUUUUAAGUUUGGAUUUAAUAACAGUUAUACUUGUCACUGUAAAAAUGAUGAAAAAUGUGACAUUGUUACUGGAAGAUGUGAUAAUGGAUGUUUGAAAGGUUGGGGUGGACCUUCUUGUCAACAAGUAAUUGAAAUCGGGAGGUCUUCUAGUUUGACUGAUAUUGAAUUUCCCAAACCAGCUGCAUCAACUUAUCCAGAAUGGUUGAAAUCCUCAUCUAAUAAAGCUUUAGUAAAGAAAGAUACGCUUAUGAACUAUUAUAAAGAUAACAAAGAUAUUGGUUAUAAUGCCGUAUUUUAUAAUGACAUUUCGAAAAUUGUUGAAGGCAAGAUUCUGUAUCCUGGAGAAACCAUGGACAGUCAAAACAAUAUAACAGUAGAUAUCAACAGUAAAAUAUUAGCCUUGUCAAUAAAUCCACCACCAACAGGCAAACUAGAUCCACCUAUAGAACUUAGUUUUCAACAUUUAUCAGAUAAUUAUUCAUCUCCUACUUGUGUGUUUCUAGAUCUGAAAGCUCCAUAUGAUAAGAGAGGACGGUGGUCAACUGAAGGUUGUAAGACAGAAUCCACAUCAAAUCCUAAUGUUACCAUCUGUAAAUGUGAUCACUUAACUAACUUUGCUAUACUGAUGAGCCCUGGUAAAACGGUGAAAGAAGCUUUAGAGAUUAAGAAAAAGAGAUAUAGAGCUAAAUCUAUUGAUACUGGUGCAGGAACCAAAUCAGAUACACAGUCGAAUCAAACGAGAAGUACAUGUGACAAUGAUAAAGUCACUAGUUUCAUAGAUGAAAAGAGUAAGUAUGAAAGUUGA